GCGGCGGUGGCGCUCCCCGCCCCCUCUCCCGCUCCUGUGUGUCGGUUUCGGGCUCCCGUCGCCAUUUAGCGCGGAGACGUCCCCGGGGCAGCCGCGGCGGCGCCCGCUAGCUCCUGUCUGCUGCGGCGCGGGGCGCCACCUGGACUCGGCUCACCUGUGGCAGCGCUCGGGCGGCCCCCGGGUGAGGAGAGGCUGCGAGCCGCAGGCGGGGGGCAGGAGGAGGGUUUCCGGCGCCGUGUGAGGCGGCGGCGACUGUUGGAGGCAGCGCGGGCCGGCGGCGCGCGGGCGGUGGCUGCCUGCCGGGAGGUGGAGGCCGCGGCCGCCAUGGGCGCCCCUGUGAGGCGAGGCUGAGUCCCCGGGACCGCCUUCCCUGCCCCCUCGCCGGGGUGAGAGCGCUGGGCCUGCCCAGGCCUCCCCCCCGCCCCGUGCGAGUGACUGAACGCGGCAGCUUUUGCGGCCGGCGUGCGGGGCCUGCCCCUCUUACCUCAUCUCCCAGCACCUUCCCCUCCCCUUAGGUCCUCACUCCGGGGGGCGUCUGGCCCUACCUCGCUUUCUUUCCAUUACGGGGAAUAAUUGCGGCGCUCUCCCUUUGCUUUAAAGCCGCCGGGCGAGGCACCGGCUUCUCCUCAGUCGGGGGCCUGCCUCAGGCGCCUCCCUCCGGGCCCGGUGUUUGGGUUUUUUUCUCCCCUCGCUGCUCCCAUCCCCGCGCCCUCUCUCCGCUCUUGGUGCUCCAUGUCGGCCCCGCUGCCCGGCUUCCCGCUGCAGGAUGGAUGCAGACAUUGACCGGGAAUCCACCCCGCCGGCCCAGCCUCCCCAGCAGCCGCCUCCCAGCUCCGCCGUAAGGAGCUCUUGGGACCCUCCUCUGUUGCAGCUGCAACGGCAGCCGCGGACAGGCGCGCUCCCCGCUCACUGACCGGCUUCUUCCCUCUCCUGCCCUUCGCCGCCGCUUCACCCUAGCAGCGCUCCCCGGGGCAUAAUGUCGGGGGGCGCCGCAGAGAGCGGCACCCCAGCCCCUCGCUUCCUGGCUCCACCGCCACCGGCGCCCAAGAACGGUUCCAGUUCGGACAGCUCGGUCGGGGAAAAGCUGGGAGCUGCCGCAGAGCACGGAGGCUCCGGGGCCAGCGGACCAGGCAGCGGAGCAGGCUGCGGAAGCCGUAGUGAGGAGUACCGGCGCCGCCGCCACACCAUGGACAAGGACAGCCGAGGGGCGGCAGCCACUGAGCACCGCUUUUUUCGCCGUAGCGUGAUCUGCGACUCCAACGCUACGGCCUUGGAGCUACCCAGUUUGCAGCCCGCAGCGCCCUCGGCUCCUGUCUCAGGAGGCAGCGCCGCUCCGUUGGUCUCUCCCCCGGAGUGUGCUAGCCGGACUAAUUUCAUCGCUGUCAGCGCCACGCAGGCCCCCUCGCUGCUGCAGUCGCCGCCGCUGCCUGCCCCGCUUCCCCAGGAAGGACAGUCUGCUCAGGAGUCCCCCGCCACGAAGGAUGCCACCCCGCUGCUGCCCAAGGAGGAGGAGGACGACGCAACUGCGCUGCCCCCCACCAGUGCCGCUGGCAGCGCAUCAGCUGCUAGCCGGGAAUUUGAGGAACGGAGAGCAGCACAGCAGGAAGACAUCGAAGAGCUUGAGACCAAGGCAGUGGGCAUCUCUCCGGAUGGCCGCUUCCUCAAGUUUGACAUCGAGAUUGGAAGAGGCUCUUUUAAGACUGUGUAUAAAGGUCUUGAUACAGACACCACUGUGGAAGUCGCCUGGUGUGAGCUGCAGGAUCGGAAGCUGUCCAAGUCAGAGCGACAAAGAUUUAAAGAAGAAGCUGGGAUGCUGAAAGGGCUUCAGCAUCCCAAUAUUGUCAGGUUCUAUGAUUCCUGGGAGUCUACAGUCAAAGGAAAAAAGUGUAUUGUUCUUGUGACAGAACUCAUGACAUCUGGAACGUUGAAAACGUAUCUGAAAAGAUUUAAAGUGAUGAAAAUUAAAGUGCUACGAAGCUGGUGCCGCCAGAUCCUGAAAGGCUUGCAAUUUCUGCACACCCGCACUCCUCCCAUUAUUCACAGAGACUUAAAAUGCGACAACAUCUUCAUUACUGGCCCCACUGGAUCUGUCAAGAUUGGAGACCUUGGGUUGGCAACCCUGAAGCGAGCUUCUUUUGCCAAAAGUGUGAUAGGUACCCCAGAGUUCAUGGCCCCCGAGAUGUAUGAGGAGAAAUAUGAUGAGUCCGUUGAUGUAUAUGCUUUUGGGAUGUGUAUGCUAGAGAUGGCCACGUCUGAGUAUCCUUAUUCCGAGUGCCAAAAUGCUGCGCAGAUCUACCGUCGAGUGACCAGUGGUGUCAAGCCAGCCAGCUUUGACAAAGUAGCAAUCCCUGAAGUGAAGGAGAUCAUUGAGGGAUGCAUCCGGCAGAACAAAGGUGAAAGAUAUGCUAUUAAGGACCUUUUGAAUCAUGCUUUCUUCCAAGAGGAGACAGGAGUACGGGUAGAGCUAGCAGAGGAAGAUGAUGGAGAAAAAAUUGCCAUUAAACUCUGGCUGCGAAUUGAAGACAUCAAAAAGCUCAAGGGCAAAUACAAAGAUAAUGAGGCAAUAGAGUUUUCCUUUGACUUGGAGAGAGACGUCCCAGAGGAUGUAGCACAGGAAAUGGUGGAGUCUGGCUAUGUCUGUGAAGGGGAUCACAAGACGAUGGCCAAAGCCAUCAAGGACAGGGUAUCUCUGAUUAAGCGAAAGCGAGAGCAGCGUCAGUUGGUGCGGGAAGAGCAGGAGAAGAAGCUUCAGGAAGAAGGUAGUCAGAAGCAGCAGCUGGAGCAACAGCAACCGUCAAGCGCUUCCCAAGCAGGGUCAAAGCAUUCUCCAUCUGUCACUGGUACUACUCCUGUCCCUGCUACUUCAGCAUCUGUUUCUACACAAGUGGAGCCUGAGGAGCCAGAAGCCGAUCAACACCAACAGCUGCAGUUCCAGCAACCCAGUAUAUCUGUUCUUUCUGAUGGGACGAUUGACAGUGGCCAGGGGUCCUCUGUUUAUACGGAAUCAUGUGUGAGCAGUCAGCAGACUGUGUCCUAUGGUUCUCAGCACGACCAGUCCAUCUCAACGGCCGCAGUCCAGGGCUACGCAGCUCCAGCUGGGCAAGUGCAGCCACAGCAACACGGAGGAUACCAGCCGCCUGCAGCGCCUCAACGUGGUCGUAGCAUGUCAGUUUGUGUCCCCCACCUUCCUGCUCUUCCCUCUGUGUCCUGCAUCCCUCUCAGUGCUCCUUGCACCCCACCACCAGCGCUGUCUGCACCUCUUUCUCCUUUCUACCUUCGGACUGUCCCUGAAGAAACCUUUGCAGAAAAGCUUUCUAAAGCCCUGGAAAGUGUCCUGCCCAUGCACUCUGCCUCUCCACGCAAGCACCGACGCUCCAGCCUGCCCUCCCUCUUUGUCAGUCCUCCUCAGCAUCCACGUGGGGGAACCCCAACGUUCCCAGACUCUCAGAUAUUUUUCCCAACCGUCCAUGAGCGGCCGGUGUCUUUCUCCCCACCGCCUGUCUGCCCGCCGAAGGUGGCAGUUGCUCAGCGGCGCAAGAGCACUUCAUUUUUGGAAGCCCAAACUUGCCACUUCCAGCCAUUGCUGAAGACUGGCCAGAGUUUAGUUCCUCCUGGUGGUAGUCCCACCAAUUGGACACCAGAGGCAUUUGUUAUGCUGGGCACAACAGCCCAAAGAGUCACUGGAGAGCCUCUGCAAGUGCAAGUUAAUCCUGUGUUUGAGCCAGCUCCUGUCCACAAUGACUAUAGAUCUGGACCAACACCUCCAGAGGAUGCUCACUACAGAAUGCAUCCAGAAGCUGUGUAUUUGGUGGGCAUGCAUUACCCGUCACAGGUAUCGGAGCAGUAUGAUCAAGUAGCUUAUAACUCUCAUGUGACUGAACAACAAUUGAAGCAGGUCUCAGAGUCAAACCUUGGGCAAGGUGGUCCUCCACAAAGCUCUGUGUUCGACUUUCAGUUGGGGCAAACAUACCUGGCAAGACACGUUCAGAACCUGAGGCUGGAUUCUGGGAUGGGUCCCCUUUCUCCAUUAUCCAGUGUUUCAGCUCCUCUGAGUGCAGAUCCUGCUCAGAUGACGUUCCACCAGGUAUUUGUUCCGCACUCUGCCCCGGCUGUGCUCUCUCACAGCGGUGAUGGCAGAGCGAGCUGUGUCUUUGAGUUCCAUGUGCACACGCCGCCCUCUGCUCCAGUAGAAGGGGCAGCCUUACCCCAGCGGGUCUACAGAAGUCGCCGGGGCUCUAUGGAGAGCAGUCAAGAGGAAUCCACUCAAGGCACAGGGUCGCAUGGUCGGCUUCAGCCUGUGACAGAGGAGUUGUGUAACUCUCUUGGUCCUGAGUUAGCAGGUCCCAGUGGGGGCUCUGCCAGGCGGAGCUGGCUGGAAGGAAGCCCAGAAUACUCCAGUGAUUCCUCACAGCUGACUUCCUCUGACACUGGCGAUUUCCAGUCUCCUCCCCCUACAGGGGGCUCAUCUUCUGCUUUUGGUUCAGACUUCUCAUUGCCCAUUGUUCAGCUGCCUCAGACGGUAUUGCAAGAGUCGCAGCUCUUCAUCUGCUUCCCUCAGGGAGCCUCGACUCAGCAGGCCUUGUCCACCUCGCUCUCAUCAGGAACACCUGCACUCUAUCCUCAGACACAGGUGCAAGGCCAGCCAGCCUCAAGCAGUGCAUCGAUACCAUCCCAGCCUACCCAGCACACUCAGCAGAAUGCACAGCAGCCAGCCUCUUCCCAACAUCCUGGACAAUACCAGCUGCAGCAGCCAUCAGUUUCUGCUGGUGCCACUUCCACACAAACUGUCCCUCAAACUCAAUCUUCUCAGAUUAUGCCAAUGCCUCAGGCAGCAGCUGGGACACAGCUUCCUGUUUCCCAACCAGUGUCGAUCAUCCAAGGCGAGCCUCAAUUACCUGUUGCAGCACCUUCUCUCCCUCAGCCUUCAGUUGCCCCAUCAGUCCCCGUUGGCUCUCAUUUUCUACCCAUGGGACAGCCCUUGCCAACUUCCAUGGUUCCCCAGUUCUCAGUCUCUCAGUUGCCUGUAGGAGCUCCUCAUGUGUCGGUGGCUCAGCCAGGUUUCCAGUCACUGCCCAUUUCAAUAGCAGCUGGCAUCAAUCAACCAUUGCUCACACUGGCAACAUCUGCUGCGGCAACCGCUGUCCCUGUAGGACCAACUGUUGGCCCUAGCCAGCUUCCCACACUGUUGCAGCCUGUAGCUCAGUUGCCCAGCCAGGUUCUCCCACAGCUCCUGCAGCCAGCUGUCCAGUCCGUGGGAUUGCCAGUCAGCAUUGGACAAGCUGCUGAAACUUCACUUCCUGCUGGAGAUGCUGUUUACCAGGGCUUCCAAUCUCGGCUUCCACCUCAGUACCCAGGGGACUCAAAUGCUGCACCUUCCUCUGCUGUGGCCUCUGUUAGCAUUCCUUCUGCCGUCCUGUCCCCUCCCUUGCCCGCAGACUCGGUGGCUCAGCCAGGCUAUCUCGCUCCUGUUGCACAGCCCUACGCAGAGCAGAGCGUUUUAGUUUCCAUGGGCAGCCUAGGAGGGCAGGUUCAAGUGCCCCAGCCUACAGUGAGUUUAGCUCAGCAGGCCUCAUCUGCCUCCUCGCAGCAGGCAGUCCUGGAGGGUACUCAAGGAGUCUCACAGACUGCUCCUUCAGAGACUCUUCCAGCAACACAGCCUGCUCAGUCUGCUCCUUUGGCUUCCUCUGUGGAUAGUGCACAUUCUGACGUUGCUUCGGGCCUGAGUGAUGGCAAUGAGAAUGUUCCAGCUUCCAGCGGAAGGCACGAAGGGAGAGCUACCAAACGCCACAUGCGGAGAUCUGUCCGCAGUCGCUCUCGCCAUGAGAAAACUGCCAGGCCAAAGCUGAGGAUUCUAAAUGUGUCAAAUAAAGGUGAUCGAGUAGUGGAAUGUCAGCUGGAGACACACAACCGAAAAAUGGUUACUUUCAAAUUUGAUUUGGAUGGUGACAACCCAGAGGAAAUAGCUUCAAUUAUGGUGCAGAAUGAAUUUAUUUUAGCAACUGAAAGAGACUCCUUCGUGGAGCAGGUACGUGAGAUUAUCGAGAAAGCAGAUGAGAUGCUAAGCGAGGACGUAAGUGUGGAGCCAGAAGGUGAUCAGGGCCUGGAGAGCAUGAGGACAAAGGAUGAUGGCUUCUUCCCAGGGUCACAGAAAUUAGAGUUCAAACAGCCAGAUCCUACAUCUUCCAUGCCACAAAGAAUAGGGGUUCCUCCUAAUUCCUUUACCCAGGUUGUCCAUUCUGCAGGAAGACGGUUUAUUGUCAGCCCUGUCCCCGAGAGCCGCUUAAAAGAGCAGGGCUUUUUCACAUCUGCUCUUCCUGGAGGACAAGAAACUCCAGAUAUAGUUGCUGCAUCUCCACUGCAUGGCCCUGGAAUGAAUCUCUCCCACUCGGCGUCGUCACUGAGCUUGCAGCAAGCUUUCUCUGAGAUAGGACAUGCUCAGAUGACAGAAGGACCCAGUACAGCUCCUCCAGUGUUUAAUCAAACAAUGCCACCAUUUCCACCUGCACUUUCUACCAUGGCGGGCAGUGGUGCACCUCCUGCAUCUAUGACUGCUGCUUCAGUAUCUGUUCCCUCCAGCACAGGUGUUUCUCUUCCAGGAUCUGUUACCUUGCCUUCAGAAAGUGCAACUGUAGGAGUUGCACCAAGCACAAGUGUGCCAAGCUCUAUCUCUCCACCCCCAGCCUCACAAUCUGGACAGCAAUCAACUGGCGUUGCUUCCAGUGUGAGUGCCCCUGCUUCUUUUUCCCUACCUACCACAUCCCAGCCUGCUCAACCAGUAACUGGAGACAUUACCCCCAGUAUCAGCACACCAUCAUCUUUGGCACUGUCAUCCACCCAGGUUCCUGGUGUCACUGGUGGUGGUGGUGUUGCACCAGCUGUGACAUCUCAGUCCGCUCCUCAGAUUGUGAGUAGUAUGGCAGCACCACAGACAUCUGUUGCCCUGUCUGUAGCUCAGAGUGGGGCUUUGCAGCUGCCUCAGCUUAGCAGCAGUGGCUCUGUCUCCAGUCUGGCAGAAACAACAGUUGUAAGUGCUCCACAGUCACUCCCUGAGAGUGGGCAGUCCAUGGAUAAAUCCCAGCUCUGCAGCACAGCUGGUUUGUCGCUUCCGAUCUCUGCACCUCUGUCAUCCUCAGCAGCAACAAGCAUAUGUGGUUCACUCACCCAACCAGUGAUACAUCCCUUGCUUGUCCCAUCAGGAAUUACAUCAACACCUGUCCUACCCCAGAUUCCAGGUGCAACCCCUAUGCUGCCCCAGGUUCCCUUACCUGGUGUCUUACCGCAACCAGUCACUAACGUACCUGCAGUACAGCAAACUUUGAUCCACAGCCAGCCUCAACCAGCUCCGUUGCCCAAUCAGCCUCACGUUCACUGUCUGGAGGCUGAUGCUGAUGCUCAGUCUAAAGCUCCUGGUAUCGAUGAUAUAAAGACCCUGGAAGAGAAGCUGCGGUCUCUCUUCAGUGAACACGGGAACGUGGGCACAAUGCAUCCUUCAGUGUCUCUGGAAACAUCACUGGUGAUGGAAACCACAGUUACUCCUGGCAUACCAACCACAGUCGUUGCACCCACUAAACCCCUGACGUCCAUUAGCACUUGUAUACCUCCCAGCAGUUUGCCUCUUGGACCAACUGGCUUGCCAGUGCUGACACCAGUUGCCACUCCUGGGCAAGUGAUCACCCCAGUCAGCUACAUUUCGGCAUCAAGCAGCAUUGCAACAGCGGUGGUGAAACCAGGGACCUCUCCUUCAAAGCCCCCUCUGAGCAGGGUACCGGUGCUCCCCGUAGGUUCUGAACUUCCAGCUGGCACUCCAUCCAGUGAGCCGCUGCCACCUUUGCCAGGACCUUCACUAACUCAGUCCCAACAGCCUCUGGAAGAUCUGGAUGCUAAGCUGAGAAGAACUCUUAGUCCAGAGACCGUUCCAGUGACAUCUGCUCCUGCCUGUUCUGUGCCCUCAGUAGCAUCUACAACGGUUACCACGCUGGUGUCCACAGCAACACAGUCUCUGAAGGAUGCUCCAGCAUCAUGUGGUGGAGAGAGCAGUACUGUGGCUACCACAGCAGGAGGCAGCGUGCUUAAGAUGGGACGGUUCCAGGUGUCUGUGGCAGUGGAUGAUGUGCUGAAAGAGGGUGAUAAACCUGAAGCUAAGCCGGUGCAAUUUGAAACCACCUCUACUGAUUCUUCAUCUCUUUCUGGCAGCAGCCCAGAGAGCACACUGGUUAAGCAGGCUGGCUGUCGGAGGAGCGAGGCUUUGGCUAGCUCUUCCCUGGCUGUGGUAGAUGGCAUCCCUCAGGCAGCUCCUGUGCUGCAGUUACCAGCAGAUGUUGGUCAGCCUGCUAAGGUUGGGCGCUUUCAGGUGACGACGACGACGGAUCAAGUGGGGCGCUUCUCAGUGUCAAAGACUCAGGAUGAGGUCAGCUGUGCAGAGAAAGAGCCAAUGACUCUUCCCCUCUCUGUGGGCUUGGAACAAGUUGCUUCUUCAGCUUCUGCUCCAAAGAAAGAGUUGGAGUCAAGACAGUCCCCACACAUGAAUGGUCCCUCCUCUGAUCCGGAGGCUGCCUUCUUAAGUGGGAUGGCUAAGGAUCUGGAUGAUGGCUCAGGGAGCCCAGACUCCCUUCAGCCCCUGGGAUCAAAGAUCAGCCUUCCAGUUCAGAGCCUUAGCAACUCCUUCAACUCUUCCUAUAUGAGCAGCGACAACGAGUCUGAUAUUGAAGAUGAAGACUUGAAGUUAGAACUCCGCCGGUUACGGGAAAAGCACCUUAAAGAGAUCCAGGAGCUGCAGAGUCGCCAGAAGCAGGAGAUUGAGUCACUGUACAUGAAGCUGGGAAAGGCCCCACCUGCAGUAAUUAUUCCCCCAGCUGCACCCCUUUCAGGAAGGAGGAGAAGACCUACUAAAGGAAAAAGCAGCAAGUCCAGUCGCAGCAGCUCCCAGGGGAAUAAAAGCCCUCAGCUAUCUGGCAAUCUGUCAGCUCAAAGUGCACCAUCAGUCUUGCCCCCACAGCAGACUCUUCAUCCUCCUGGUAGUGUGCCAGAGACUGGGCAGAACCAUUUGUUACAGCCCCUCAAACCUUCACCUUCUAGCGAAAAUCUCUACUCUGCCUUUACCAGUGAUGGUGCCCUUUCGGUACCAAGCCUUUCGGCACCAGGCCAAGGCUGUGCGAAGUUUAACUGUGCAUCUGAGAGAGUGACCUUCAAGCCUGGUGGCAGGAGGACCCGAUUUCUGAGUACGCCCUGCUUGGCUCUUUGGAAGAUGGUGAAAAAAGUCUGUCCUUGCAACCAGCUCUGUAGGACCAGCAGCACUAACACAGUCGGGGCUACAGUGAACAGCCAAGCACCCCAGCCUCAGCCCGCUGCCAUCGCCUCGAGCCGGAAAGGGACUUUCACAGAUGACCUCCACAAGCUGGUAGAUAACUGGGCCCGAGAUGCCAUGAACCUGUCUGGCAAGAAAGUUGGCAAAGGGCAUAGCAACUAUGAGGGCCCUGGCAUGGCAAGAAAAUUCUCAGCACCAGGUCAGCUCUGUAUUUCUAUGGCAUCUUCCCUGGGUGCUACGCCCAUCUCUGCAUCAUCAGCUACCUCUUUAGGUCCCUUCCCGAAGGCCAUGUGCCCCCCGCAGCAGUUCAGUUACCCAGCAGCAUCCUUUGGCGCUCCGUGGAGCGGGCCGGGGGGUCCGGCACAGCCCCCGCUUGGCCAGUUCCCGCCCGUGGGGGCUGCAUCUCUGCAGAGCUUCAACAUCAGCAACUUGCAAAAAUCCAUCAGCAACCCUCCAGGCUCCAACCUGAGGACCACUUAGCUGCGCUCAGAGACCUUGCUGGCUAGACCUUGGGACAGGACACAGGGAGGGAGAUGGGGCUGUGUAUCAACUACUAGUGCUGCAGUGAACUGGUAGCUUGCCAGACUGGCAACGAUCUUCUCUUUUCCAACCAUCGCUGUCAGCUCUCUGUAAAGGGAGCUUCCCCACACACUCUCAAGGGGGAGGAGGAUGAUCAGCAUCCUUCUGAUGGGACAGUGCUUUUGACCGAGGCAUUCUGCUCUUGUAUGGAACAGGAGCCGCUAAGAGAAGUCAAGGGGUCAAUCAGUGUAGUGUUUCUCUCUGGUUUGAGGCUGAAUCCACAGGUGUCGAGCUGGGAGAGCUGGAUGUUAGCAUGAAGCUUUAGCAUGCUUCUCAUCUCUCCCUGAAGAACCAAGGCCAAGAGGAAAAACUGUCCAAAUCCCCCUCCUCUCCCCACUUUACCCAUAUCUGGCUCCGACGUGGUGGGGCACACAGGUGGACUCGCAGCGCAGCCCGUGCUUGAUAGGUCAUUACUGCUUUAAGUAAGGUAUUAACAGCUUUGACUGCAGCAUUAGAGCAAUUCAAAUUGUUUAAAGAUUUUAAAAGUUCCCUGCGGACAUGUACUUACCAUCAGUUUUGAUGUGGAAACACUGUGAUAUAUAAAUGUUGUUGGACAACAGUAGUUUAAAAAAUGAGUGGAAUAUAGAGGGUUAAAAAAAAAAACCACAAAAAACACAAAAAGGAGGAUAAAAAAAAAAGUUAAAAAAUGGGAAAAAAAAGCUAGCUAUAUCCUUAUACUUAUUGGAGACACUUUAACGUUUUCCUUUGUAUUUUCAUUGUAUUAGAUAAAUAAAUGUGAAUGUAAAAUUGUAUAAAUUAAUGUACUUGAAUACUUGUCUGUUCUCCCAGUAUGCUUGCUGGAUAUUUUAGUGCCUUGGACUUCUCUUGCUUCUGCAGUUAGCAUCGGCUUCCCAGCAGACCCCCAGGUGAGCAGAGGGCAAGUUGAGAGCAGGAGGGCUUGCUGGCGGCCAGGAGGCUGGUUGGUUGGUGUAGCGCUACCGCUCCUGCUCCAGGUAGGAAGGCACUGGGCAGCAGGCUGGGUGUCGGCGGAACUUGUCCGGGAGGCAGAGCUGAAGUUGCAGGUGUGACGGGGGCCAGGUGGGGGUGGGACAGAGGCUUGUGGGUGAGGCUAAGCAGAGACUAACCAAUGGUUGUCUAGAGAGGCAGGAGGGCUGGCUGAGAGGUGGAGGGAGGAUGGGGAGAACAUGUCUGGUUGGGAAAGGCCCAACCUAAGAUGUAGUUUGACUCCACCUGUGAAGUGGGAGAGAUAUUUGGUCAGGAUGUGACUUGAGGGAGAGGUGGCAUUGCUCGUUGGCAUGGGCUUGUCUGCUGGGAUUGCUUUUUUUACCUUUUUUUUCCCCUUCUUUUUCUCUUUCCUUUCUGUUUUUGGUAAAACCCACUGAAGCCAGGCACUGUCCUGGUGCAACGUCCAUUGCCGGCAAUGGAUGUGUUCAGCAGCCGGCAUCAGGAAGUUUCCUCUGUCUUACUUGAGGACUUAGUUUUGUUCACUCUUAACAAAUGUCAAGCUGGUACCAGGACUGUAACUCUGUCACCUCUUAGUAACUGUACUGUACCUUCUGCUUUGUUCCUUCUCCCCUUUAAAAGAGUACUGCUUUCCUCUUUGGAGUACAACCCCUACCCACCAGUCUUUGUGUAGUGCUGCACGGAGCAGUGAAGGGUGAGGGUGCUGCUCCCUGGCGCUUAGCAGUAGCUCACAGGUACCCUGGAGGAUGGUGGCUCACACACGUUACCUGCCUGAAGUUUGUUCCCCGUGGAGCCUUAAGAGGGAGGUGUUCUGUCUGCAGAUGUUCUCACUCUUCACAAAGAACCGUGCAAGGUCUGUCCCUUUCCUGUCACUUGGUGUGUAGUAGGUUUAGCAGCGAGGGCAGCUGUGGGCUGGAGAUGAACACCCGAGGGCAGAAGAUAGCGGUGAGGGCUGAGCUCUGAGCUCCUUAGAUUCUGAGCGUUUGUUCUUUGACUGAGGAGCAGGCUGGAGCUGCAGAACGAGAGGAGGCUCAUGGUGUGCUUGUGGUGGAAGGGAAGGAGAAAGCAGAGCUCUCAGUAGCUGAAGCGAAAGAGAGAACCUCUGCUCUUGGCCGGGGGGGUGCAAAAGGGUUUCCUUAGCACAGCUGGGGAGAGGGCAGAGGUGCUCGGGAACGGGAGGCAGUGCUGGAACACAGAGAAUGCUCACGACAGGGGAACCAACCAUCUGGAUGCAGCACGGGGUUAUUUAAGUUUGAGCUGUAAGUUUGAGGUUGUUUGUUUCACUUACUGUUAUGCAAGAACUGGUUUCAUUUACCGUUGAUUUCCCCUCCCCACUCCUCCUCCUGUGGAUGAAUAACUGAAGUCUAGAGGAAUAAACUAAUGCUACUGAACUGUUAAAUUAUUUUGUUUAAUAUUACACUUUGAGUAUCUUUUUUCCACAUAAAAUCUGUUUCUGAAUUCCAAGUGUUUUCUUUACGUUAUUUAACAAUGUACACUGUAAAAAAAACAAAACAAAACCCCAAACAAAACCAACAAAACCCCAACAAAAAUAAAAAACGAAAUGAAUUGAA